AUGAAUCUCCCCCCGGGGAAAGCCAACCCGAAGAGCAAAGAAGUCGCGCCCAGCGCAUACCCAAGGGUCAACAAAGAGUGCCCAAGUAUGCGAUCCGGAAAAAACGAAAGCAGGAAAGUGUUGACAUGGAACAAAUUAAAUGGGCCACCAAAUAGCGCAAAGACAAAUUAUAAGAAGAUUGAUGAAAAGAAUUCGGCUCAUACAAAUGGGGAGGCAUCACAAAAUAGUAUGGGUUAUUGGAAUGAGGAGAAAAAUGUGUGCCUUCCCAGACGCACGGGAGCUGCAUCUGUAUUGUAUAAAAACCAGAUAUACAUAUUUGGGGGGUAUAAAUCUGAAAGGAGACUGAACGAUUUUUACAAAUACAAUAUUGCAGAAAAUGAGUGGAUCAAAAUAGAAUCCCUAAAUGGGCCAUCAAGGAGGGAAAAUAAUCCUGCGUUUUUAUUUAAAGAUAAAAUGUAUAUACUUGGGGGAUACCAAGGGAAUGAAAUUUGGUUGAAUGAUUUUUAUGCGUACGAUUUUGGGAGAGAAAAGUGGCAAGUUGUUAAUGUGAAGAAGGAGAGCAUGAGGUUUGCGCCGCCAUCGCUAUUUGGCUUCGCUUUAUCUGUGGAUGAAGUUAAAGGAAUCCUCUACCUAUUUGGAGGGUAUGACGGUAAAUCGGUACACAACAAAAUGUAUGCAUUUGAUUUGGAGGAAGAAAAAUGGAUUCAGACAAAACAAAGUGGUGAAAUACCAAGUCCAAGAUCCUGUGCCAUUGGACAUAUUUCCGAUGGUUAUUUCUACAUUUUUGGCGGAUACAAUGGGGAGUAUGGAUUAGACAUUUUUUAUCAGUAUCAUUUGGAGACAGGCAUUUGGACGGAGAUGAAAUAUAACAUGAUUGAAGGGAGCGAAUUCGGUUCAACGUCUGUAGAGGAGGGAUACGAAAGUGAUGAGGUCCAACUGUUGGGCGAUUCACGAGUUGGUAGAAUUCCACAACAGAAGAGAAAAUGUCAAACGCAAGUAUCUCCUAACAAUACAGCAAUUCCAGUGGCUAGAUAUUUUAUGGGAUCAUUUAUUCAUAAUAAAUGUAUAUACAUUUUGGGAGGGUAUAAUGGCCUAAGGUGUGAAAGGCUCAAUGAUCUAUACAAAUUUGAUUUGCACAAACGCAUAUGGUUUAAAAUACACACUUGUAAUAAUUUCAGUAGCAGGAGCAGCAUGAAUACUCAUUUUUAUAAAAACGUAAUUUAUUGUAUUGCAGGAUUUGAUGGAAAAAAUUCCCUCAGCGAUGUGUACGCUUUGAAGUUGGAAGAUGUCCACAUCGAACCCUCUUGCCUUAUGGAAUACUACAGAAUGAUGGUAAAUAAUUACCGAUACGCAGAUGUAAUUUUUCUAGUGCAGAAUAAAUACAUCUAUGGUUGUUCUUCCAUUUUGUUGUCCAGAUGCCCUGCCUUUAAGACACUCCUGAAUUUAUUUACAUCCAGCGGGGCAUCGUCAUCAAGCGAAAUGUCACCCGCGGAAAUGGAACACUACAGGGUAGCGAAGAAUUUGCCAGGAAUGAAUGAUGGAACAGAGAAAGGGGAGAAAAUAAAAAAUCUUAGAGUCAUCCCAAUUCAUGAUAUAGACCAUGAUAUCUUUCUAAUAAUUGUAAAUUAUCUAUACACGGAUGAGCUCUCUAUGUCUUACUCCCUUGACACUUACGUACUCAUCGUCUUGGCUUCCUACAGGUACAGUAUUUUCAGACUAAUGCAGUUGUGUGAACGUGCCAUUAGCCAUCAUAUAAAUGAGUCGAAUGUCAUGGACAUUCUCAUUCUGAGCUACAGAAUUUGCUGUAAACAGCUAUGCACCGCUUGCAUUGAUUUUAUAAUUAAUAAUAAGUUGUUGGACGAGGCAAAGAUUAACCGACUCACCUUGGAACCCUAUUUACUGGGCGAGAUCUAUAAGAAGUGGAUCUUCAACUGA